UUCACAUCUGUAAUAUUUAUUUCUAUUUCUACUGUCUCAAUUAAAAUUCUUUAUUAAAUAAAAAUAAUAAUAUUACUAAUCGAGUGUAUGCCACUAGAAAUCGAAAUUAAAUUCCCCAUCUUCUCUAUUUUUCGUACACGAUAAAUAUUAUAAAUCGAAAUUCCCCAAUCCUUCAAUCUUCCUCCCAAUCUCUCUAAAACCCUAGACUUGAACUCAAGCAGACAGACAGACAGACAGACAACCCCCAAGAACCAUAUCUACUCUCCUCUUCUUGUUUUUAUUACCGGAGAAAAGAAUUAAUUUUUACCUUUGUUUUACUCGAUUUUGCUUCAUUUUUUUUGUUUUCUUUUGGGAGCGAAUCGAUUUUGAAAUCAGCACAAAUGUCGAGUUCCGGAGGAGUAUCAAUCGCGCGAACAGCGAUCCGAGGCGAGAACCGGUUUUACAACCCGCCGGCGAUGAGGAGGAUGCAGCAAGAGGCGCAAUUGCAGCAGCAGUUGAGGGAGAAGCAGCAACGAGAUGGAGAUGGAGAUGGAGAAGGAGAAGAAGUGGAUAAUAAGGAGCCUAAGGCCUCGUUGCCGCCGCCGCCGACGACGACUCGGACCAGGAAAAGUCAGGGGAAGAACAGGAAUCGGGUCGUUUCGGGCGGCGGGUCUGAAGUAUCCGUCGGCUCGUCUGGAUCAUCCGGGUCGGGUCGGGUUCGGGUUCAGAGAGAAGGGUCAAACUUGGAUCGGUUCUUGGAGCACACCACUCCCGUCGUCCCUGCUCGGUCUCUUCCCAUGAGGAGCAAAAGGGAACUUAAAACGGGUGAAUCGGAGAGCCAUACAUAUUUUGUUCUUGAGGAUCUGUGGGAGUCUUUUGCGGAGUGGAGUGCGUACGGUGCUGGUGUUCCUCUCCAUAUGGAUGGGAGUGACUCCACUAUACAGUAUUAUGUGCCUUACUUAUCUGGCAUUCAGUUGUAUGUAGUUGACCCAUCAAAUAAUGCCAGAAAUACAGUUGAGGAUAGUGAAGGAAGCAGUAGUCUUGAUAAGUUGCCUAGUAAUGGUAAGACUCUGGAGAGUGGUGAGUUGGUGGAGUUGAGUGUUAGCGAACUGAAUAGAGUCAGUCUGGGCGAUCAAUCUGGAGGAGAGACUGAGACCAGCAAUCCUCAAGGACGGUUACUAUUUGAGUACUUGGAGUAUGAACCUCCCUUUGGCCGUGAACCUCUCGCUAACAAAGUAUUGGAUCUGGCUUCAAGAUUUCCUGAGCUAAUGACAUACCGGAGCUGCGACCUUUCUCCAUCGAGUUGGGUCUCUGUGUCAUGGUAUCCAAUAUACAGAAUACCGGUUGGUGCAACGCUACAAAACCUUGAUGCCUGCUUUCUAACUUUCCACUCUCUCUCAACACCACCUCCUCCUCAAAAAGCAGGUGCCUUAGAGCCAUCCGAUAAGCUACCGUUGCCUACUUUUGGACUCGCAUCUUAUAAGCUUAAACUAUCUGUGUGGAACCAAAGCAGAGCUCAAGAGUGCCAAAAGAUAUCUUCUUUGCAACAAGCGGCAGACAAAUGGCUUAAGCGUCUGCAAGUCAAUCAUCCAGACUACAAAUUCUUUACCUCUAACAUCCCACCACAAACGAGGUGAAAGAGAAAGUGAAAAGAUGGUUUGGCUCUGGUCUGAUUCAGAGACCCCUUUAUCUGCUACUCUACUUCGCAUUAUAAACUCUCUGCUUACACCAAAAAAGUAAAAUCAAGUACUGGGUAAAAAGACUCUUUGCGUGUUUUUCAGGCGAUUUAAGAGUCUUGCUGUUUCAUUACCAGAAGAUGCUUUGUGAAUUGUAGCCUAAGCUUCCCUCCUUUUCUUCUGCUUUUUUCCACAUUUAGUGAUGAAAUUUGCUAGGAGUGAGAUAUUUGUAAUGUUGAGAUGCAAAACUUUUUGUGAUACAAUUUGAUUGCUGAACUGAAACACAGCUUUGGCUUAUAUAUCAAUUUGUAAAAGGUUUCUGGCUUUGACCAAUCCGAUAUAGUAAAAAAGUACUUUGAUAUAA